GAGGAGCCCAAAGAAAUAUCCGCAGCACCAUUGCCCCCAUCAAUCCAUCUCCUUCUGAACCUUGGUUUGUCACUUUCCAUCUUCCCUGCUAACCGCUAAACCUCAAAAACGUUACCCGACAGUACAGUUUCUGUCCAAUGGCAUCAGUAGUCAAUUGUUUAUUGAGAUGUAUGGGUGUGAACGUGACAUGAAUGACACACAACCUCAGCCAGCAUAGACAGGGUCGCGACUCUUCCUCCCGAUGCCUCUUCUUUCCCCCCUGCACUCACUGAGCUCCCACCUUCAUUAAUGGCUUCCCUCUCUCAUGUCUCCAUCUUCUCCGCAGCCGCCAACCUCUGCCUUCCUCCUGUCUCCUCCCACAGGGCACGAAGAGUCCCAUGUUGCCUUCCCACGAACCAGCAACCCAAUGAGCCGGCGACCGACCUCCGGGUGGUAUUCGCUGGGGGCGGCACCGGGGGCCACAUCUACCCGGCUAUCGCUAUAGCUGACGAGCUCAAGAACAAGAGCCCCGAAACCCUGAUCCUCUUCGUGGGCACACCGAAGAGCAUGGAGAGCGCCGCCGUACGAUCCGCUGGCUACAAUUUCGCCUCAAUCCGGUCCCCCCCGCUGGCCCGUCCCUUGUUCUCCCCGAAAAAUCUGUUCUUGCCCCUCCGUUUGGUCAAAUCCUUGAUCAGAAGUUACAAAAUCCUCCGGGAGUUCGAGCCGCAGAUCGUGGUGGGCACGGGGGGUUACGUCUCGUUCCCUCUCUGCCUCGCCGCGGCUCUUAAAGGGAUCACCCUUGUGAUUCAAGAGCAGAACGCGUUCCCUGGGAUCGCGAAUUGGGUUCUCUCAUACUUUGCGAAUCUUGUUUUUGUGGCGUUUAAUUCGACACUGAAUUCCUUUCCGAAGCACAAGUGUCUGGUGUGCGGGAACCCGAUAAGGCUUUCGUUGAAGCGGGACAUUUCAAAGGCGGAGGCUCGGUCAUAUUUCUUCCCAAAACUGGAAGAGAGCGAGAGGGCAGCGCCAGGGGCGAAGGUGGUGUUGGUUCUUGGAGGGUCUAUUGGGGCAAACUCAAUUAACAUUGCAAUGCUGAAUCUGUACUAUGAGAUACUGAUGGAGAAUGAGAACUUGUUCAUCAUAUGGCAAACAGGUGUAGAGUCUUUCAAUGAGAUGGACAGCCUCGUCAGAAAUCAUCCGCAUUUGUUAGUGCGACCGUUCUUGAAAUCCAUGGACUUGGCCUAUGCAGCUGCGGAUCUUCUUGUUUCUAGGGCCGGUGCUAUGACAUGCUCUGAAAUCUUGGCCACCGGAAAACCUGCUAUUUUGAUACCAUCACCAAACGUUGCAGAGGGACAUCAGUUCAGAAAUGCAUCUCUAAUGGCUGAUUUAGCCGGUUCCAGGAUCAUAAGGGAAGAUGAGCUUGACUCUAUCACCCUAAAAUCCGCAAUUGAGGAGCUUCUAGGGAAUGAGGAUCAGUUGACAGUUAUGUCGGAGAGGGCUUUGAAGGCUGCCAAGCCCAAUGCAUCAGCAGAAAUUGUAGAGCGGAUUCUCUCUCUAGUGACCUCCUCAGCAAACUAGUGGCUCGAAGUUCGUCAUAAAUGACGAAGUUCAGUCUCCAACCCACAGACAAACUUCCCUUUCCCAUGAACUUCAAUGCAGCAUCCGCAACAUUUGCAGCAGAAAAAAGAUCUUCAUUUGGUCAUCACCAUUUCCCGCGAGGAGGAUUAUUGACUCUGGGAAUUAUAUCGUUAUUCUUGUUGGAUCAGUGAUUUGUGUCCAACCAUUCUUGGUUCAUACGAAAGAACAUAUGUCCUAAGAGGAAGGCUCGCAAUAGAAAGGAAGAGUGCACACGAAAUGUACUCACCUUGAUGAUCUUUUUGCAUUUUUAUGUUUGCUUCGGCUUUGUUCACUUAAAGUAACCGGUUUUCUGGAUGUUGGUCUAGUUUUGCUUUUUUGGGUGGCUUAUGUUCUCAUUUUAAUCAUUCCCCGACCCCGGUUCGAUGUCAUACAAGUGAGGUUGUCAUUAAGGGGCUCUCGAGUCUCGACCAUUUACUAAAGCAAUCAUGAACUUUAACUUA